AUGACAGGUCGUGGUGGAGGCGGCGGUCGCCGCGUUUUGCUCCCCCCAAUCAACAUGAUCUUCAAACUACUUCAGACAAAUGCCCUAGUAAGCGUAUGGCUAUACGAGCAGCUCUCCAUCCGUAUUGAAGGAAAGAUCCGGGGAUUUGAUGAGUUCAUGAACUUGGUGAUUGACGAUGCAGUUGAGGUCAAGCAAGUCACAAAGACCAAUGACAAGGAGACACGGAGAUCGUUAGGCCAGAUCUUGUUGAAGGGUGACAACGUGUCACUAAUUCAAAACCUGUCAACUUAA